AUGGAUAGAAGCAUUAUAGGUCUUAAAUGUUUAAAAGCCAAUGAAUUUAAGUGCAAGAGUAAUAAAAAUAUGAAUUUUGGAAAUAUUGAAAGAUUUACAGACAAUAUGUGUGCCCAAUGUUUAUGGUAUAUGGCGGGCGUGGAGGGGGCCUGGAGGAGGUAUGACACAGUGUCCAAAUGGUAUAUCACGUAUAACUAUAGUGAUAAUAUAAAUGUGUUGUUGUGUCGACCCGAGUGCACACCAUUUGAGUACAAAAAUCUUAGCAAAAACAACAGCGAUAGCGAUCCCAUACUUAAGGAAUUCAAAAAUCACUUUCAUAUGGAUUUAUUCCUCAAGUGCUGUGAAGACGCCAAGAGAUGCUGUGAAAGAAUGCUUACGUUAGAUGAAAGCGAACUGACUCUCAAUGGAAAGGCAUGUCCUACAAAAUGGGACGGUUGGAUGUGUUGGGAUGCCACUGAAAGUGGUACAACCAGCUGGAGUAUGUGUCCCGAUAUGUCUCACUCGGUAUUGGGAUAUAUGCCCACUGAUUGUAGCAAAGAGUUAUCGAGCAAACAGUGCUAUCCUAACGGCACGUGGGCUACCAUUUGGAAUCCUAAAGAUGCCAAUAAUCUAGAGCUGGGAUUUGAGGAACAGGAGUUCACUGAUUACAUCACAUGCUCGACGCCCGGAGCAACCAAACAUCUCAGAGAGAAUCAUACAGCUAUUGCCAUCUUUUUUGUAUCACUGACUUUCUCAAUGGUUGGCGCAACUAUUUUCAUAGUAUACCGACUCUAUACUGUAGUUAGAGUACAAAUUCAUCUCAAUUUUUUAAUCUCAUUGAUCCUCACCUGUCUAUUCUCAUUACUCUUUUAUUUUCUGGUCCGAGAAAAGCAUUAUAGACUGCAAUCAAUGAUCGAUGAAAAUCCAUAUUGGUGUAAAGCACUGGUAGUGUUACAUAAAGGCGCCCGUUUGGCAAACUUUUGCUGGAUGUUAAAUGAAGGCAUUUAUUUGCACCAACUAAUUGUUGCCGCAUUUAGAGAACAGAGACGUACACUAUAUUAUUAUUUGUUUGGUUGGGGCGCACCGGUACUUAUUAUGGUUCCCUAUGUUAUCGUACAUUCACUCAGUGAAUAUGAUAACAGUUGUUGGACUAAGUCUAUGCUCUAUCCGGAGCUUUUGUAUAAUGUCCUGCCAUUGAUCUGUAUUAUUUUAAAUGCAAUUUUGUUGGCAAAUGUUGUGCGCGUAUUGAUGACAAAGUUGAGGGCAUCCCCCGCCCACUUCAGAGCAGGUCUCAGGGCUUCAAUCGUAUUGUUGCCGAUAUUUGGUGUUCAAUACAUCUUUUAUGUCGUUCCCAUUGAUCCGAUCGAGUCGUGCGAAAACUGGACAUUUGUGGCCAAAUACGUCCAGAUUGUGAUUGAAGCACUUCAGGGCUCUAUCGUUACCUUAAUUUUCUGCUUUCUUAAUGCAGAGGUUCACUCACACAUCCAAAAGACAAUCCGAAAAAGGUUUCCCAAAACCAAUACAUUGAUGACUGAGACACAGUUGGCUCAACAGUUGGAGAAAACGGCUUUAAAAUGA